AUCGGCGGCAUUUGCUACUUCCGUGUAAGGGUAAAGGGUAUUUCCUGAAACCAUAAUUGAUUGGUUCUUAAGAUAUUGUUACAAGUGUGAUAGGAGGUCCGAUAAGAAAAGUUGCCAGGAUGGAUUCAUCAUCAAGUGAAGACAGUGAAGAUGAAAACGUACACCCAUUUGACAUAUUUGUUGAGGAAUUAGGUGUCAAAAUAACAGAAUCUGUUUUUUGCACUAUGAAACGUCUUUGUCGUCGUAAAAUAUCGACGCAGAAAAUGGAGUUGAUGAAAUACCCGGCUGAUCUGAUAUGUGCACUUAUAGACGCAGCAGUAAUUUCGGAGAAAAACAUGAAGUAUCUGUCAGAAAUACUGAAAGUUGCGGGAGAAAAAAAACUUGCUAAUGAGGUUGAAGCAUAUCGACCCUGGCAUAGCAGUAACAGAGGAAAUAAAAGAAAACGAACAAAGUCAGAUGCUGAUGUAAAUUACAAUGUAGGACGUUAUGUAGAUAUUCCAAUUCCAAUUGGAUUGGACGAAAAGUCAGUAGAAGACCAGAUGUUAUACCAAGCAGCGAUGCGAGUAUUUGAUGCGAUGAUGAAAGCAAUUAAUAGCAGUGAUGACCAAUAUGACGUGUUGAAAAGCGAUGUAACAGUGCAUUUGAGGAGCUACGUGUGA